UUUUUAGGCCCCAAUCCCAGCUUUGCCUGCUACCUAGAAGAUGGCUGCUCCUAUUCGAGUUUCAGGGCAAACACCCAGACCCAUUGCAGGACUUGCCCUCAGCUCCUUGCCCAUGAAAACAGCAUGUCAGCUUAAGCAGAAUAGAGCGAUGACAAUGCAGCAGGGCAUCUCUAUAAAAAGCAUGAAAAAAAAUAAAACAAAAUUUCGUGGCCUCUAUUUGGCUGUGCAGAGGAGAAGCAAUUCCUAUUUCGGAUCAAGUGGCCCCUUUCCAUCAGAAACAAUUGAACUAUUCUACACCUGUAUCAAUGACAAGAACUUGAAGCAACUAGCGAAGCUCGUGUCAGAUGACUGCUGCUUCAAUGACUUAUCGUUUCCCCAACCAUUCAAAGGGAAAAAGGAGGUUCUGCGUUUUUUUGAAGAACUUACUGCAGUCAUGGGAAAAAAUGUGAAGUUCAGGAUACUUCAUGUUUGUGAAGGAGAUGGUCUUACAGCUGCAAUAGACUGGCAUUUAGAAUGGCAAGGAAAGCAGAUUCCAUUCACAAGAGGAUGCAGCUUCUAUGAAUGUGCAGAAGAAGGCAAAAGUCUAAUUAUAAAGGAAGCGAAAAUUGUGAUCGAAUCACCAAUCAAACCAGGACCCUUUGCGCUGACUCUGCUGAAGAUAGUGACUACACUAUUUGAUGAUUUCCCAAAGGCUACAGAGAGUAAGUUGGCUUCUAUUAACAUUUAAAAACUAUAGUUCAUCAAAUAUACAGCAUAAUGAGAUAAUGUAACAUAUCUGUCACCUGCAGGGUUUCUAAAGAGUCCUGAAGCUAUACUAAAGAUAUUACUCAAGAUUUACAAUACAUUUUUGCGGCCUUUUAUUAACCCACUUCUUGCAUUAUGCAUCAACCUAUGGAAAUUUCGGGCUCGAUUGUUUGCCUUUGCAUUCAACAUUAUUCACCAUAUUUUAAAGAUUUUCUUCAAAUAGAGGGCAUUAAUAACAGUCCAUUCAAAAUCCAAUACUCUAAGUAGAGGAAGGGACUUCACAAUUCACAUAACCUGUCAAUCAUCAUUGCUAUCCCGACUCCACCAUGCUUCUAACAAUGAGAGAGCAACUAAAGGUCCAAGCACAGGUGGGAGGGGUGGAGGCUUGCUGAAGGCAACAAUAGGAUCAAUCUUCUCAUUUGUAAUUGUCCCUUGUUCCCGAAAAUCAUUAUUUCCUUCUCUUUUCAGUGUUGAGGUAGACGCACUACCUGGAAAGUUUAUGCCAAUAUUGUUGAGUAAAUAUGUCAUUGAACAAUAAAAAAUUGUAGGCAUCAAAGAAUGGACAUUACCCCAUGUUCCUUUGGGAGGAUAGAUUUGUUUUAAUUUGUUCUUUGCAGGCAAUAAUGCAGCUGUUCCUCGCAUGUAGAUCCUACUUGUUUCUUCUUCUUAUAGAAUAAGAGUUAUAUGCUAAGAAAUUAGCAGUCCUGCAGUAGGAAAUGAAACAAAGGUAAGCAUAUUCACUAAAGAUUGUUGAGGCAGUUUUUCAGAUCCUUUCCAUCUGCACACUCCAUUCCAGCGAAAUAAAAAGAAAGAAUAAGGAAAUUCCCAAAUGGUGGAGAAAAAGAAAGGAAUUUUUUUUUCCCCAAAUGGACAAGUGUAGUAACGACUACAAGAACUUAGAGCACACUGCUGUCUCUUUCCAUCGUUUAUUUCUAAAGAAAUGAUCAGGGAAAUGACAGAAAUGGCAUCUUACCUUAUCCUCAGGAGAUUCUGUCAGAAAUCAAAUUGUAAAAUUUCCGGUUUCAGUGAACAAUGACUACUAAUGAUCUUGAAAUUGAUAACAUGCUUUGAAAUUACAAAUCUCCUAAGACUGAAAAGAAACGAUACAGAAUCCAGCUAAGUACCGUGUGUUUUCAAAUUCAGCGAAAUGAGCAUCACUUGAUUUCUAAGUAAUAAUUUUAAAUCGUGAAACUGCAUUAAAUUAUUGAACACGAACAUGAAAGUAAAAACUCUUUCUCCGAAUCACCCUAAACGUCAAAGUUAAGGUUUUUCUCCAACACUAGAUUCAUCUCCAUCGUCUUCCGUUUGGUUACCGGGAAAACUAAUAAAAUAAAAGAGAACGAAGAAUCGUGGAAUCCUUUUACUCUUCAAUUUUGUUUUGUUAAAUUUUCUCAGCGAUCAAACAGAGCAUUGGGGACUCAAAUGACUAUAGAAAACAAGACUAGUAAGAAUUUGGAAGAAUAUGAGAAUAGUGUUCUCACCUGCGAUUGUUCGUCGGCAGCAAACCAAAGAGGGAAACCAGCGUUGGGAGCCACGAGUGAUGUCUAGGGUGGUGG